GUCACUGUUUUCUUUAUCAUUUCGGUGGCAAACAUAGCAUAGUAUGGCCGUCGUUUGGAAGUAUUCACAGUUUUACUUCCAUAAAGAAUACGCGAUAAACAUUGCACAGAGCGAAUUACGAAAGACUUUUUUAAAUAAAUUCUUUACGCGAGUGAGAUAAACAAUAACAAGUGUUUAAAUAUCAAGGAGUCAAAUAAGAAAGGCGCCGCGACCUCAUUUAUUUGCAGUUUUUACGGUUUCCGUCAAAAUUAAAAUUCAAAAUGUGGUUAAUCAGUCAGCCGAAUUCUGUGAUCCUGCAAGUGAAGGCGGAACCAAAUGCCAUCGGACAGGAGUGCCUUGAAAAGGUCUGCGAAAAGUUGGAGAUUGGCGCCGAGGCCGACUACUUCGGUCUGCGGGUGUGCCAGGGAUCAGGCCCCGGAAGGUGGUUAAACUUGCGGAACCCCCUUGAUCCCCACCGAACCCCUGGAGGGCGACUCGACCUCCGCGUCAAGUUCUGGGUGCCCCCACACCUCCUCAUCUACGAACCCACUCGCCACCAGUUCUACCUGCACGCGAAACUCGACCUUACUGAAGGCAGACUUGUUGUGGCAGAUUUGGAAGUAGCGAGACGCAUUAUUGCCUACAUUGCCCAAGCAGAGACCGGGGAUUGCGACCCUGACGCUCCUCCUGUUCACAUCUACCAGGAGUGCGAGAAGAUUGGACCUCAAGGAGAGAAGCCUGAUGAUCACAUGAAUAAGAUCAUAGAUUAUCAUUGUGAAAUUGCUGGUAUGCGUGCGUCGCUAGCUCAGUACAGAUUAUUGAAGGAAAUUUCGAACUUGGAGUCGUUUGGAGAAGAGCUAUUCUUCUGCAAGCCUGUUACGCAGACAAAUAACGCUCACAAUCUGUACAGUCACUUGCUUUACCACACGCAGCAAGUUGAGGAGCCCAGGGCGAGGGAUGAGCAAGAGAUCGAUGGUGGGGCGACCGUGGGUUGCCUAGCAACGGGUCAAAAUGGCGGCGGCUGCGGUUGCAGACUCAGCACGUGCGUGGGAGUGGGGCCACAUGGCAUCGUGGUGUACCGGCCGGCGUGCAACGGAGAGCAAGAAAUUGGGGUUGAAAAACAAAGCAUCAAGUACACAGUGAUAAACCGCGCGCAGCCACUCCGGCGCAUCUUCCAGCUGUCAUACGUGACAGCUGAGGGCCACGAGGCGACGCUAAACGUCAAAAUGGCCACCUCCGGGCAAGCAGCCGCCCUCUACCGGGCGGUAACGGAAAAACACGCCUUCUACUGCUGCGAGACUGUCAGGAGCGAUGUCACGGAACAGUUCAUUAGGGAUCUGAAGGGCACGAUAGCGUCGAUCUUCAACGACGCGACGACGCUGGGUCGCCGCUACGUGUUCGACAUCCGCAGCACGUGCCGCGAGGUGCACGAUCGCGCGCGUCGUGAGUUGCACGCGCGCACGCACCACGAGCCGCGCGCGCGCCGCCGCCCUGACGCACGGGACGAGAGCAAGGAGUCCCGGUCUCGGUCACGCAGCGGUGGCGACGCGCUGGCGUGCCGUGUGUGCAUGGACAGCGCCAUGGACACAUUGUUCCUGCCGUGCCGCCAUGUUGUCUGCUGCCAGGAGUGCGCGCCGAGAUGCGAACGGUGCCCCCUGUGCAGGUGUGAGAUAGAGAAGCUGAUGCACAUCUACCUCCCCGUGGAAUACCAGAGGAGCCCGGGCGUCAUCGUCAAGUGAGCGACCCGGGCUCGACUCGCGGCUCCAAUCGACGACCGAUCAACCUGACUUUGUGUGUGAACGCCAAGCGGCAAGUUGCCAGGAUGGGUGAUUGUGUCAGAAAACUUGUCUAUGUCGAGUGCUACCUAAUCUGUGACAGAAUGCUCGAUGACAUUUCACAAGACUUUCCCGCGCAAUGGCGUUCCAAUUUUAAAUCGGACCCAUUUUAGGGAUCAGUGGCCUUAUUGAUGUGUGUGUGAUUGUCUAGUCAGAAACACUUGACUUAAUAAUAAAUCGUGCAUUUUUUCUUUAUAUGUAAUUGGGAUAUCCUUUAUGUAACUUUUUUUUGCAUUCCAACGUGUUGAUGAGAGAGUUGCAAUUGGUACUUAUCUAACUUUAGAUUAACGUAAUCACUUGUCUACUGCCUUUUUGCAAGUUGAAAUAUGAAAAAACAUUAAAGUACCAUAAUAAUAAGUAAGAAUUCCUUCGUUUUAGAAGGCGAUGUGUAAGUUAAUUUGAGAUGAUAAAUGGUUUUUCUAACGAUUUCUAAAACUACCCUCGUAUAUUGUUUGUAAGCAAAUUGUGCAUUUUCUUUUUUCUUGCCUUUACCUGAGCGUACUUUAAAAAUUUCGUUCUUUAUUUUUCUUUAACGUUGUGGUAUUUUUAUUUAAGAUAUAAUUGUAAGACCUGUGGUCUGUAAGAUGUCAAUUAAAAUUAACGUAAAAUUAAGAGAGAGAAAAACGUGAAAAG